AUGGAGAGCAAGUCGGCCGAUGUGUCCCUGGGACAAGAGGUGCCUAGCUACGAUGAGAAGAGGUCGAGCCAGGAUUCUCCUGCGAUAGAGCCUCAGGUGCUCGAAAAGGGUCAGACGGUGCGCAUUGGUGAGGACGACGACUAUGAUAGCGACCAGGUGGUCAGCACGGCGCAAGAUCUCGUCACCCAUAUCAUCAAGGUCGAGGAUGAUCCAUCCCUGAACCCAUGGAGCUUUCGCAUGGUCUUCCUGGGAGCCGGUCUAUCCAUCUUCGGCGGUGUGCUCCAGGAGAUCUUCUACUUCAAGCCACAAACCAUCUACGUCUCGCAGGUCUUCCUCACAGUGAUUGCCUACAUCCUGGGAGAAUUCAUGGCAUAUGCCAUCCCCCGUCGCGGCGUCAUCGGAAAGUUGCUGAAUCCGGGUCCCUUCAACGCCAAAGAACAUGCGGCCAUCUCCCUCAUGUCCUCCGCCGCUACACAGUCCGCGCUGGCCACCGAGGCCCUGUCAGCCCAACAGCUCUUCUACGGUGGCUACCCCAACCAUGCUGCUGCUGUGUUCAUCGUGCUGUCCUCUCAGCUGAUCGGCUUCGGCAUUGCCGGACUACUACGGGAUGUCAUCGUGCGGCCAACCAAGAUGAUCUGGCCCAUGACCUUGCCGAUCAGCAGUCUGCUUGAGUCAUUGCACAAGGAUAAGGCACAGUUCAAGGCGCGGAUGAAGAUCUUCUACAUCUUCUUCUUCAUCCUCUUCUUCUGGACUAUAAUCCCCGAGUACAUAUUUCCGCUCCUUGAAGGUUUCUCGAUCUUCUGCUUGGCCGAUCAGCACAGCUUGGUCUUCACAAAUCUGUUUGGCGGUGCCUCCGGAAACGAGGGACUCGGGUUCCUCUCCCUCUCUUUUGAUUGGAACUACAUUGCCUCGUUGGGAUCACCGCUGUGGUAUCCACUGUACGCUAUGACUAACAAUUUCAUCGGGUACUUGGGCUGCAUCAUCCUUUUCAUGGCCAUCUACUACGCCAAUAUCUGGCGGUCCCAGGACUUUCCAUUCCUCUCUCAACUGCUCUACUACGGCGACUCCAACUCCACGUACUACCACGAGUACAAUCAAACCCUGAUUCUCAACUCCGAAUACAUUGUCGAUCCUGCGGCCCUCAAGGAGCAGGGUCUGCCCUGGCUGACCGGAACAUAUGUGGUCUACCUCAUUACCUCCAACAUGGGAGUGACUGCCACACUGACUCAUAUGCUGUUGUGGGAUUUUGACAAUAUCAAGGAGACCCCUGAGGAACGUCUCGCGCGACGCGUCAACGACGACACUCUUGAUCCGCACUACCGUCUCAUGCUGCGCAACCUCUAUCAGGAUACUCCGCUAUGGUGGUGGGGCGCUGUACUGAUUGCUAGUUUUGCUGUCGGAUUGGGCUGUUUGUAUGCGAUGAAGUCUACGCUACCCUGGUGGGGAUUCAUCGUCGGCAACAUCCUCACGCUGGUGUUUAUGCUCUUCUUUGGUGCCCAGUACGGGUUGACUGGGUUUCAGUUUAACGUUCAGCCCAUCUGUCAGAUGUUGGCAGGCUAUAUGUUCCCGGGGAAGCCAUUGGCCAACCUCUACUUCACCUGCUUCACCUACAACUCGCUACAACAGGGACAGGUAUUGGCCAAGGACCUACGACUGGCGCAGCAAGUGCAUCUAUCGCCGAAAUGCACCUUCUUCGUGCAAGUCAUGGGCUGCAUCAUCGGAGCUCUCUUCAACUACGUAAUGAUGCUAAUCAUCGUCCGAAAUCAAGCCGACGUCCUCAUCUCCAUCGACGGCACCAACAUUUGGAGUGGCGCCAACGUCCAAAUAACCUGGAGUAUCGCCAACGACAUGUUCUCCAUCGGCGGCCGCUACGAAUGGGUAACCAUAGCAUACCUCGUUGGUUUCAUCGUGCCGGUGCCCUUCUGGCUCGCCAACCGAUUCUACCCGCACCCGAUCUUCUCGUAUCUCAACACCUCCAUUAUCCUCUGGUACAUGGGCUGGUUGUUCGUGGGUAUUAACGCCUCGAUCAUGUCAUACUUCCUAUUGGGAUUUGCGGCGCAGUUCUGGUUGAGACGGUAUCAUCCGCAGCUGUUCAACAAGUAUAAUUAUAUUGUCUCGGCCGCGUUGGACGGCGGCACGCAGAUUUGUGUGUUCAUUCUUACGUUUGCGGUGUUUGGAGGGAGUGGGACUGAGCAUGCGUUCCCGACUUGGGCGGGGAAUCCCAAUACCGAUAUUCAUAAUUUGGAUUAUUGCAAGGUCAACCCGGCGACGUUGUAG